CCCUAACGUUGGCCACAGAGGUCGUUGGCUUGGCGCUUAGGUUGCUGCUGGAGACUCGCGAUUCCGCAGUACUCUCUUACAUAUUUUUCUCUACUCCUCGCCACCAAACACGAAACGGUUGGUAGACAACUGUAACGUCUGUCUGCGUCUGGGUAUUACACAGUAUACAGCCGCCGCCAACACUGUUUGGCCAUGCAAUGCAGCUGACGAUGCUUUGUUUCGUACCCAACACUGAACUACAGCUUAUAUACACUGUGGACCGAUUUAGGGCAACUUGAUUAGGGGAACCAACCAGCGUUCAAUGCAUUGAAUUAUAUACUGUGAAAAGAUAUAUAUUUGCCAUCUCGCUGUGAAUGUGUUUUUACCACCGUUGUCUGGAAGCAAAUGAAUUGUGGAUUUACACAGUGCUUCUUCUUUUUUCGGUGGAAUAAUGGAACCAUCCGAUGGUGGCAGUAGCGGAGAUCAGCAGGGUGAGCAGGAACUGGCGAGUCGUACUCUGCAGAUACAAGCCAAACGUUUUUACGUGGAUGUCAAAGAAAAUCGCCGCGGACGUUUCAUUAAGCUGGCCGAAGUGGCGACGGGUCGGCGUAAGAACCGUAUCAUCCUUCCCAUGUCCAUUUCCGCCGAAUUCCGUGAUCGCUUAACAGAAUUCCACGAUUAUAACCUGCAAAUAGGUCCUACUGCGCCUACCCACUUGCCGGAAGAUGGAAAGCUAAAAAGUGCGGUGAUUGUCAAAGAUUUCCGACGCUAUUUUAUUGACCUUAAGGAAAACGACCGAGGGAGAUUUAUUCGUUUGUCUCUCAUAAGCCGUGGAAAUCGAUCGCAGAUCGGAAUACCCGCACAAGGAAUCACCAGACUCAGAGACGCAUUUACGGAGUUGAUUGACCAAUUCGGAUCAGAAGAGGAUGCUCAAGAGGAAAGGAUAGUUCCCUUUCGGGGUGAUAUCCCUGAGAGUCGGUCGAUCCGAGUGGAGAACAAAACAUUCUUUUUUGAUAUUGGCCAAAACACCCGUGGAGUUUUCAUGAAAAUAUCCGAGGUCAAGCAAAACUUUCGCAGCUCCAUAACCAUACCCGAAAGGUCAUGGGGCCGCCUUCGCGACACCAUCAGCGAUUACAUGCGGGAAGUGCGAGAGAGCGGAGAAGAACUGCGAUCCGGCAUCGGUUUUGGUGGUCCGUCAACUAGUUCCUGAUCCAGUUAUUGGAUAGCUUUUAUACGAACUGUCCUGUUAUUGGUGUCCGGUGUUCCGCUCGUGUGGUCAUCAUGCUCACCCGCUAAACCACAACUCCAUUACCGAGGCCGUGCGUAAGCUGCUGCUGCAUAGUGUCAUCGCGCCAGCAGUCGUUGUCCGGUCAGCAACUACAGCACAGUUCUCUCUGCUGACUUUGUGUCUCUUUUUUAUAUCUGUCACGUUGUGUAUUGGGUCAUGAGGGGUUAAUGAGUUGGUGGAUAGCACGCUUCUCUAUUGGAAGCUGGAAUGGGAAAGAAAUGCGAGUGAAGCGCUUGGACUGGGAUGCGUACGACACACAUAUGCGGUUACAAACACGUGUGAUCAACUGCAGUCACCGUUUGAUUAAUCACACUCACACACAUUGGCCGUCCCCCUGAUUGGUCAGCGUGUGUCGCAAGUGUCCCUGUCCGUGUAGCCGCUUGGAAUGUGGAUCGAGAGGAGGCGAUCCAUCACAAAGCAAGAGUCAAAUGCAAAAUUUGGAUGGAAUGAAUGGAUAGAGGAAAGAAUUGAUGGUUAUCAUUAUACCCAACAUGUACUUUCACCUUAUCAAACUAUCACUGCCUACACACAUGCACCCUGUGGCCCAAAUGUCGUCUGUGCCUGGAAUUCUUCAGUAUAAUUAUGAUCUAUGGCUACGGACAGCCUGAAGCCACAGGCUGCUGUUGUCUCAUCAAAUCAUCGGGAUAAUAUGUUUCUACUGUGCCAGUUUGCAUUUUUUCUACAAGGGAUCAUAGGUUUCGUGGAUGUAUGGUUUUUGGUUACGAUAUUUUUGCCAGGAAGUAUUAACACAUGUGUGCUCCAUGCAGGAAAAGCUGCAAAUGCCUCGUUAUGCUUGCGUUGUUGUCUUAGUCCUUUUAAUUUUUUAGCGCUAAUUUUACUCUCGCAGUUCAGUGGACGAUCUAUCCUUGUGCGCAUGGAUUUUUUUCUCGAUUGACAUUGGGGGGCAUUUCGCUGAAGUUUUCCACGCACCAACCAGAAAACUGCAGCUGCAUUUAUUUUUCCGGAUUACAUUGGACACUCAUGUGCUUUCAUAUUGUGAUGCAGAAUUGAUAAGAGGCAGUACUUAUCAUACAGUCCUGUUUUUUGUUGUCCACAGUUAUGGUUUGUUGUUUUUCUAAUUCGAUUUGUGUGCUGGAUGUUAAUUACGAAAAAACUGCAAUGAACCGUUUUGGUUGGUAUUUAUUUGUAGCUUUUACUGCGUUGUGUUCAGAUCUUAAGCUGCACUGUGCGCUCUCUUGAUUUUUUCUCAAAGCUUUGCGGCCACUGCAUGGAUGGUAAUUGUGAAAGUAAAGAUGAUCUC